AUGGACGACCUCGUCUUCGCAAGCAUGGAUCGUUGCCCAAGUUAUUCUUCCUUCUUCGGCGCCAUCGGCUGCGCGUCCGCCAUUAUCUUUACCGUCUUCGGCGCGUCCUACGGCACGGCCAAGUCGUCCGGCGCCAUCUUCUCCGCGGGCGUGCUCCGCCCGGAGCGCCUCAUGCAGAACACCAUCUGCGCCAUCAUGGCCCAGAUCCUCUCCAUCUACGGCCUUGUCGCCUCCGUCAUUAUCGCCAACGGCCUCGAGGAGAAGCAGCCUCUGCACACGAGUUUUCUUCAGCUCGCAGCCGGCAUCAGCGUCGGCCUCUGCGGCCUCGCUGCCGGUUUUGCUAUCGGCAUCGUUGGCGAUGCGGGAGUAAGAGCCUCGAACCAGCAGCCUCGGUUAUAUGUAGGCAUGAUCCUGAUUCUCAUCUUCGCCGAGGUGCUGGGUCUGUACGGCCUUAUCGUCGCCAUCCUGUUGCACUCAAAGUCCGGGACUGGCGUCACCGACUGUAGCGCGUUCUAA